UUCAACAACCCCUGCCCAGAAUGUCCAAUUCGCUCUCUUUUUCGAACUCUCCCAGACGGAAUUUUACUAAUACGGGUAUUUCCGGCUUGCAGAUGGAUGGUUCCGCGAAAUCUCAGACAUGUGGCCUGGCCAGGCCAUGACCCUGAAGGUCAAGAAGGUGCUCCAUCACGAGAAGAGCAAGUACCAAGACGUGCUCAUCUUUGAGUCUACCGACUACGGCAAUGUCCUCGUUCUGGACAAUGUCAUCCAGUGCACCGAGCGUGACGAGUUCGCGUACCAGGAGAUGAUCACCCAUCUGGCCAUGAACUCCCACCCCGCGCCGAAGAAGGUGCUGGUCAUCGGUGGCGGCGACGGUGGCGUCCUGCGGGAGGUCGUCAAGCAUGAGUGCCUCGAGGAGGCCAUUCUCUGUGACAUUGACGAGGCUGUCAUCCGUCUGUCCAAGGAGUACCUUCCUGGAAUGGCUGCGGGCUUCAAGCACCCCAAGGUCAAGGUCCAUGUUGGCGACGGCUUCAAGUUCCUCGACGAGUACAAGAACGCCUUCGACGUCAUCAUCACCGACUCGUCUGACCCGGAUGGUCCGGCCGAGAGCCUCUUCCAGAAAUCUUACUUCCAGCUCCUCCAUAACGCGCUUCGGCCAGGCGGCGUCAUCACUACCCAAGCUGAGAACCAAUGGCUCCACCUGCCGCUGAUCACCAAGCUGAAGAAGGAUUGCAAGGAGAUCUUCCCCGUGGCUGAGUAUGCCUACACCACCAUCCCGACCUACCCGUCGGGCCAGAUCGGCUUCAUGGUCUGCGGCAAGGACGCCAGCGUUGACGUGAGGGUUCCGCUGCGGUCCUGGUCCAAGGAGGAGGAGGCCAAGUUGUGCAGGUACUACAACUCGGAGAUCCACAAGGCCAGCUUCAUCCUGCCCACCUUCGCCCACCAGGCCCUGAAUAAGUAGAGGGCUACCAAAUGCUGAAAUGCUCGGUUUGCCCGAGGGGUUCUUGGCCGGGAAGGGCCGGCGACUUGGUUGAGCUCUUAUAGGAGCUACCAGGGCCAAAAGGGAUCACUUGUCGGGACCGUGGGGGUUAAUACGCUGUGAAGGAAUAUCAAGGAAACAA